UUCGGGACGGCGAAAUUCUAUUAGGCACCUUAGUUUGGUCCUUUUUCAGUCAGAUCAAUAUAUUAGGUUUGAGUUUGAGUUAACAGUCGAAGAGGCUCCAUAUAAACAGUUUUGUUUGAAUUAUGUCUAAUUUGAUACGGGAACAGAAAACGCGAACUGUGUACAGUAUUGAUCAAAUUUUGGGAUUCACUUCUUCAUCUGAACAUUGCGGUAAUAGCAACGAAGAAGAUAAGCACAAUCUAAGCACUUCCAAUGAAAACUCUGACGAUUUGGAAGAACCGCGACCAAGAAAAGUACGACGUUCGAGGACCACUUUUACCACAUAUCAGCUUCAUAUACUUGAGUCGGCCUUCGAGAAAACUCAGUAUCCGGAUGUUUUUACUAGGGAGGAGUUAGCUAUGAGAUUGGAUUUGACUGAAGCAAGAGUACAAGUUUGGUUCCAAAAUCGUCGAGCAAAAUGGCGCAAACGAGAAAAAUCCCUAGGGCGAGAAACCACUGCUCUAAUGCACGCAGAACAACAAGGCCUAUCAGAUUACCCGAUGCACAUGAUACCAUCAAUAAGUGAUUCAUUUUGGCCGCGAAUUCAAAUACCCCCAGUUUACGGCAAUUCAACGUUGGGAUUCCCGUGGGCCCCGAACCAAAUAGGCGUACCGAACAUUCAAGCGUUCCUGAUGAGCCGAUUCGCUUUGGCCGAGAGCGUUGCCAAAUUGGGUAACAGCUUGAAUGAGAAAAUGAAAAAUAUACCCGAAACGAACUCUGAAGAUUCCAGUCCGCCUCCGCCUCCAUAGUGUUUGAGUGUUUAGUUUUUAGAAAUACUUUUUUUAUCUAAUUGAUUAGUUGAUUUUUAAAAAAAACGAAUUGAUCCGUAGCAGCGUAAUAUUAAUAUGUAGUCUUAAAGGGCAUUAGAAAAAUCUUAAUGUUAAGCGACUGGAUAAUAAAUAUAUUUUUUAUUAGUUUAAUA